AUGAUUCGUAGCCAGAACUCGGAUGUCACCUUCUCUGCUGUUGUUCGAAAAACGCUAUUAUGUCAGUCACUGACCUGUCAAGUGCGGUUGCGCCGUCGGACUGUAGGGGCUCUUGAUCUGCGGGAAACCUGCGGACGAAGAAUUACAAUAAUUGAGCAACAAACAAUUAAGGGCGGCGAGGAAUUCCAAUUGAAAAGAGCCGCCGCUCGUGAUUUAGCUGCGGGGAAACUCGGUGCAGCCUCCGCGGUCCGCAAGGACACGCUAUUGUGCCGGCAGAGCAGAAUUCAUAUUAAAUUGACUAAUCCGUUGCUACGGCAAAAUUUAAGAGGGAAAUUUGUGGAAUUUUCUGUUUUGAAUGAAACGAGAAAAUUGCUUACGUGA